CCACUGACGUAAAUCAUGAGCAAUCACGUCGCUCCCUACAUACUGGGGUCACUCUAUUCCUACUCUUUGAUACAAACGCGAAUUCAACAAUUGACUUAGCUAACACAAGUAUGGUAGCUGUUUGAAAAAGAGAAGGAUGGCACAGAAAGACACUCUGCUAAAUCUCUUCGCCGGGGGAUGUAGUGGUACGGUGGGAGCCAUAGUGACCUGCCCCCUGGAGGUGUUGAAGACACGGUUGCAGUCCUCUGGUCUUGCUCUCCGACCUAUCUACCAGGUCCAGCUGGGCACCCUAAACGGCACUGGGGUUAUCCGACCAGGGACUGUUACACCGGGGCUGCUGCAGGUCCUACGAUCAAUUCUAGAAAAAGAGGGUCCAAGAUCACUUUUCCGUGGUCUAGGACCGAACCUUGUUGGUGUGGCCCCCUCAAGAGCCAUUUACUUUGCUGCAUACUCAAAAUCUAAAGAGAUGUUCAAUGGGCUGUUUGUCCCUAACAGUGGAGUAGUGCACAUGUCCUCUGCUGGUACUGCAGCUUUUGUUACUAACUCUCUGAUGAACCCCAUCUGGAUGGUCAAGACCAGGAUGCAGCUGGAGAAAAAAGCCAAAGGAGAGAAGAAGAUGAAUGCACUGCAGUGUGCCCGCUAUGUUUACAAAUCGGAAGGGAUUCGGGGCUUCUACCGAGGCCUAACUGCAUCUUAUGCCGGCAUCUCAGAGACCAUGAUCUGCUUCGUCAUCUAUGAGACGUUGAAGAAACACCUCGCCAAGAGCCAAUUCACCUCCCGGAACGGUGAAAAGGAGAAAGGAGCGUCAGACUUCCUGGGCCUGAUGAUGGCAGCUGCUUUUUCAAAGGGUUGUGCGUCCUGCAUUGCUUAUCCACACGAGGUCAUUCGGACAAGGCUGCGUGAGGAAGGCAGCAAGUACAAGUAUUUCUUCCAGACGGGGAAGUUAAUAGUGGUGGAGGAAGGCUAUGCAGCUUUUUAUAGAGGACUCAUUCCACAGCUAAUUAGACAAAUCCCUAACACAGCCAUCGUCCUCUCCACGUAUGAACUCAUUAUCCAUCUGCUGGGAGAGUCCAAGUGAAGAAAAGGCUCAGAAGUUGGAUCUUCCUGACAAAACAAUGGAUGCCUAACAAAACCCAAGACACACGCUGAGCAAGAGACUUUUGAGAAUGCAGCACAUACGUUGUUUUAAUGUGGUGCUACAGAGACUUUUAUGGUGGAACUAAAGCAGGUUGUACUGUUAUCCAAAGAGCUAAAAACAUUAUUUAAUUGAAAGCUUGUUGGUUGGAGUUUUCUUUUUUUUAAAUAACCAAAGUCGUGGUACUUAAAACUUGGUUAAAACUCCAAACCUGUGAUAAAGGUCAUCUACUUAGAGUACUAGUGUUAAGUUAACUAACUUAUUUUAUUUUUUAUUUUAUGACUGUGUUUGUUUCCUUAUUUUAGUGGUAAAUGUACCAACACACGUGAAACUGUGUGUGUGUAUAUGUAU